AUGGCUCCACGGAUUCAUCAAGUCUCAGACGAGGCUAAACUUGAUUGUUCUAAUCCAGGGACCUCCACCGUCAAGACGGACCUAGUCAAGGACGAGGAGAGCGACCUUCUAGUAUCAGGCGCGGAGUUGUCUGGGCUGGUCACAUCAAGUUUCUUCUGUACCUUCGAGGGAGUUUCGGAACUCAGCACGAGCCCUACAGGGCCAGCAAUUUGGUCUCUCAUCAUCACCAUCACAUCUUUCUUGGCCAUGAUUUCAAUCCACAUCAUUGCUCUCUGGCGGGGAGAAUGGUUCUCUGUUGGUGCCAUCAUGGUCUUUGUGGGCUACGGCUGCAUGGUAACGGGCGUCUCUUCAGCCGGUUACCCGAUUUAUCCCUCACGCUUGCCUCACAGAUGGCACGAAACAAAGGAGAUGCGCGCUUGA